AUGUCAUAAACAUGUCAUCGAAUUCGAACAAAACGAAAUACGUGAAAUUUAUUUAAUUUCAUCAUUACAAUAAAUUUACCAUAUGUGCAAUUUCUCCACAAGAUAAUAAGAAGUUAUUAAAAUCCCAACUUCAAGAAUGUAUUAAAUAUAAAUUGCGCAGAUAGAUACAAAGAGGAAAUCGGCAGUGCACAAUCACAAUGUCCAAAAUAAAGAAAUUAUCAGGCUCUUUCCGCUAUACGCAAUGGGACCCGUGUCUGAUCGUGUCUCAAAUAGUGGCAAUGCAGUUCCUUCUGUACCUUACUUUGUGCCUUUUGAUCGCAGUGAUGCAAGAUUUGACGGGAUCUACACGGACAUUAGAUCACAUAUUUCAAUAUCAUGAGAUACAUGUGAGAGAUUUAGAGGGCCGUUCGGUGAUAAUUGCUUUUGGAAUCAAUGCAGUAAUUGGUGCAUUUCUUCUUUGGAAUGUUGUUGGCAGAACUAAACUGUGCCUUGACUUUAGUUGCACAUUCCAUGGUUUACAUUUGCUUGCGUGUUGGAUAUACAAUGGGACAUUUCCGACUACAUUCUCAUGGUGGACUUUGAAUAUAGCGUGUGCAGCUGUCACAUGUGUGAUGGGUGAAUUCCUAUGUAUACGGUCAGAAUUGCAAGCAAUACCGCUUGCAGGAAUAGGCUCGAAAGUGGAUUUAUGAAAAUUGGCUAUAAAUUGAUAUAAAGUGAUGUGACUUGUAAAGGAUUGGUUGGAGUUCAGUGUUGAUGUUUUUAUAGAGAAGUGAUUUAAAGUUUGUUUAUUAACACAUUUGAUUUGGAUUUCGAAUUCACUUGGAUAUAUAAUAUAGGUGCAAAUUAUUGGCAUUGAAUAUGUUAACAUAAUUCAGCAUUAUCUAUGUCAGGGAUGGCAAACCAUUGUGAACUGUGAAAAAAUGUGAAGUAGGUAUAUUAUGAGAUGCGAACACGAAUUUAUGCUACGAAAUGUUUAGAAAGUCAUAAUUAAUUGAUGGUAUAUCUAGAAACGUCAUUAAAAAUUUAAUUAGGAAAAUGGCAUGUUGAUAUUUAAAGGUUUGCUACCCCUGCCUUAUGUGGUGUGAAUCUUGACCAUCUUGUUGGCUCAGUUAUAAUAAAGGGUGUUCAAUUGUAAUGUAAAAAGUUUAUCCAUAAAUGGAAAUUGGAAUGGUAUACUUGUGACCAAAAUUACUGAUGCACUAUCAGAGAUGACUUGAAUUUAUUGCAUGCAUUCAUUCAUAAUAACUUAUAUAAAAAUAUAUAUCCCUAAGAUAUAAUUUGUAACACCAAUAAGUAUAGUGCAGGGUUAAAUAAUUUUACUUUCAUGGUUAAAAUGUAUGUGGUAUGACCUACUUAAAAUGUCUCGAACUACAAUCUUACAAAUACAUAAAAUGGGAAUCAUUAGAUGGAUGGAUGUUUUCUUAACGGUAUCCG